AUGCUAGAACGGAUUCAGCAGCUGGUAAAUGCAGUGAAUGAUCCACGCUCAGAUGUGGCCACUAAGAGACAGGCCAUCGAGCUACUGAAUGGGAUUAAAUCAUCAGAGAAUGCAUUGGAAAUCUUCAUAUCACUCAUCAUCAAUGAGAACUCGAAUGAUUUGCUGAAGUUUUAUGGGCUAUCCACUUUGGUCGAAUUGAUGACGGAGGGCUUGAACGCUAAUUCUAACGGCUUGAAUAUGAUAAAGUUUGAAAUAACUAAAUGGAUUAAGUUUCAAGUUUUGGCUAAUAAGCAAACAAAGUUGCCAGACUUUUUGAUGAAUAAGAUUUCUGAAGUACUGACCACUUUGUUCAUGCUGAUGUACAGUGAUUGUAAUGGGAACCAGUGGAAUAGUUUUUUUGACGAUCUAAUGAAUCUUUUCCAAGUUGACUCAGCCAUUUCCACUCCCAGCCCGUCUACUGAUGGUAACAUUUUUUUGGGUCUUGAAUUUUUUAACAAGCUUUGUUUGAUGAUUAAUUCAGAAAUUGCUGAUCAAAGCUUCAUUAGGUCAAAGGAGUCUCAAUUGAAAAACAAUAAUAUAAAAGAUUGGAUGCGUGAUAAUGAUAUUAUGAAAUUGAGUAAUGUGUGGUUCCAAUGCUUAAAACUUGAUGAACAAGUUGUUUCACAGUAUCCCGGAUUAAUCAAUUCUACCUUGGAUUGUAUAGGGAGCUUCAUUUCAUGGAUCGAUAUUAAUUUAAUUAUUGAUGCAAAUAAUUACUAUUUGCAAUUAAUCUAUAAAUUUUUAAAUCAUAAAGAAACCAAAAUAUCAUGUUAUAAUUGCAUACUGGCCAUCAUCUCAAAAAAAAUGAAACCAAUGGAUAAACUAGCUUUUUUAAAUAUGAUCAAUUUGACCAAUGAAUUAACUUAUUACCAUCAAGCCAUAUCAAUGAAUCCUCAAAUCAUUACAUUUGAUAAUUUGGAAGUAUGGGAAACUUUGACCAAGUUGAUUACUUCGUUUGGUACAGAAUUUACUAUUAUUAUUGAACAAGUUAAUGAUGACCCAAAAUUGGAUACGCUAUACAAGCAGUCAGUGAUAUCAAAUGUCGAUACGAUCCUAUUGGAAAAAAUAAUACCAAUACUCUUGGAAUUUAUGAAUAAUGAAUUCGAUUCAAUAACAGGAAAAACUUUCCCAUUCUGGUCAAACUAUCUGGCUUUUCUGAAAAAGUACAAAGCAUCUUCACCAAAUUUUAUACCAUUGCAUAAGGAUUUUUUAAAUAAUUUCCAACAGGUUUGCUUUAAGAGAAUGAAAUUCUCAGACGACGAAAUUACACAGGAUGAUUUUGAGGAAUUCAAUGAAACUAUAAGAUUCAAAUUGAAAAAUUUUCAAGAGGUUAUCGUUGUAAUCGAUCCAAGUCUAUUCUUGAAUAACAUCACUCAAGAGAUUUCUGUAAACCUAAUGAAUUGUAAGAAUGAGAACUGGCAGGUUUUUGAACUAACUAUUUACCAGAUCUUUAAUCUAAGUGAAUGUAUCAAGAACAAUUAUUUCGGUUUGAACAAAAAUGAAAUUAUGACUUCACAACCUUCGCUAACCUUAGUACGAUUUUUGAAUGAAUUGCUGAUGAUGAAAGAAUUUUUAUUGACCAUUGAUAACGAACAAAUUCAAAUAUUGUUCAUGGAAUUGAUUGUGAAAAAUUAUAAUUUCAUAUUCUCAACAAGUGCAAACACAUCAAACGCUACUGAUGAUGAUGAAAAGUAUUUGUUGAUCUUGAAUAUUUUCACAAGUUCAUUUGCCAUGUUCAACAAGAGAGAAACUGUUAGGCUCAGAUCAUGGUACCUAUUUACAAGAUUUUUGAAAUUAACAAGAAUCAACCUGAAGAAAAUUUUAUUUGCCAAUAAAAAUUUGGUUAAUGAAAUAACUAAUAAAAUAAGUCCUCUACUUCACAUAAAGGUAACCUCUAUCAAUGCACAAGGAACAGAUGACAACGAUACAAUUUUUGAUAAUCAAUUGUACAUAUUUGAAGGUAUUGGGUUUAUAAUUACGUUGAACAAUAGUAGUCAGGAGCACACUAGUGCCACUGCUACGGCUAGCACUUCUAUGAAUUACGAUAUAUUGGACCAGAUAUUGACCCCACUGUUUACCCAACUAGAGGGCUGUAUUACUCAAGGAGCUUCGCCAGUGAUAAUUUUGGAAUGUCAUCAUAUUCUAAUGGCCAUCGGUACUUUAGCUAGAGGUUUGCACAUUGGUUUAGUCCCUGAGAAUCAAGUUAACAACAUGAUGGUCAAUAAAAAGUUGAUCAAUGAUUCUCUAAUCCAUAAAUUCUCUAAUAUAGCUGAGGUUAUAUUGGUAACAUUUUCUUUUUUCAAUAAAUUUGAGAAUAUCCGUGAUGCAUCUAGAUUUACUUUUGCCAGAUUAAUUCCAAUCCUAAGUAAUAAAAUUUUACCGUUUAUCAAUAAGUUGAUAGAGUUGAUCUUAUCAUCUGCGGAUUUAAAGUCAUGGGAGAUGAUUGAUUUUCUUGGGUUCUUAUCUCAACUCAUUCAUAUGUUUCAUACGGACAUAGACUGUUACCAGUUAUUCAACCAUUUACUCACUCCGUUAAUUAACAAAGUUCAUUUCAUUAUAGAUGACAUUGAUGGGCAACACGAGCAACAAUCAAGCAUUAACAAACCUAUAGACACGACUGUCACAGCCACUUCCUCCGCAAAUAAAAAUAUUGUGGUUACCGAUUCAUAUAGAGAUAAAAUACUAUUAAAAAAGGCCUACUACACAUUUUUACAAUCAUUUACUAAUAACUCUGUCACUUCGAUACUAUUAUCAGACAUAAACAGAGCGAUUUUACCAAUCAUCCUGGACGAUUUAGUCACCUACACGCCGCAGGAGAUUCAAGAAACAUCUAUGAUGAAAGUAUCACUAAAUGUACUGUGUAACUUCAUCAAAUGCUUUGGGAAAGGCUCAUGUUUGGAUAAUAACGAUAUCAAUAAAGAUCCCAACUUGAAAAUAGAUGGUCUCAACGAGUACUUUAUCAUGAAAUGUGUCCCAAUAAUCUUUGAAAUUCCGUUUAAUCCAAUAUACAAAUUCAAUAUCAAGGAGGGAAAUUUCAAGACCAUGGCAUCUGACUUGGCAAGGUUACUGAGGGAACUAUUUAUCGUUAGUAACAACCUAACCACGAACGAAAACGAAUGUGUAAAAUACCUUACUCAAAUAUAUCUUCCACAAAUACAGUUGCCUCAGGAAAUAACCAUUCAGUUAGUUAAUACUUUAACGACAGUGGGUCAAAAGCAAUUUGAAAAAUGGUUUGUGGUUAAUUUUAUUUCUCUUUUGAAACAGGAUCAGUAG